AUGCUUGAAGACACUCGAUUACCAAUGCCCAUGACAAGAGGUUCCAAGCUUUUCCACAUCAUUCUCCUAGUGUUUUCUUGGCAAUAUUGUACCAAGGUGGAUGCCACUUUCCAAGAUGUCACUGGCUUUUUUGAUUUCGACUUUGGUUCAUUCGGAUCAGGAGGUGUUGGAAUUCUAGACGACACGAAAAAGGGUGUAAGUGCUCCAGCAUCGGCACCAAGUAUUGCUCCUACUAGUUUUGAUAAUAAAGACGAUGAAGCUUCGUCAUUUGAUUUCGAAUUUACUAAAAAUAUCAAUGGUGGAGUUGGUGCUUCUAAUGAUAAUCACAAAAUUAAUUUGAAGGGGAGUGGCACACUUGAUGUUUCUCAUGAAGUUGAUGCUUCUAAUGAUGGUCACAAAAUGAAUUGGAAGAAGAGUGGCACAAUUGAUUUUUCUAAUGACGAUCACAAAAUGAAUUUGAAUAGUGGUAGCACAAUUGAUGUUUCUCAUGAAGUUGAUGUUUCUAAUGAUGAUCACAAAGUUAAUUUGAAGAAGGAUGACACAAUUGAUGUUUCUAAUGAGGAUGACAAAACUAAUUUGAAGGGUGGCGACACAGUUGAUGUUUCUCAUGAAGUUGAUGUUUCUAAUGAUGAUCACAAAGUUAAUUUGAAAAAGGAUGACUCAAUUGAUGUUUCUAAUGAAGAUCACAAAACUAAUUUGAAGAGUAGUGGCACAGUUGAUGUUUCUAAGGAGGAUCACAAAACUAAUUUGAAGAGUGGUGGCACAGUUGAUGUUUCUCAUGAAGUUGAUGUUUCUAAUGAUGAUCACAAAGUUAAUUUGCAGAAGGGUGGCUCAAUUGAUGUUUCAAACGAGGAUCAUAAAACUAAUUUGAAGGGUGGCAGUACAGUUGAUGUUUCUCAUGAAGUUGAUGUUUCUAAUGAUGAUCACAAAGUUAAUUUGAAAAAGGAUGACUCAAUUGAUGUUUCUAAUGAAGAUCACAAAACUAAUUUGAAGAGUAGUGGCACAGUUGAUGUUUCUAACGAGGAUCACAAAACUAAUUUGAAGAGUGGUGGCACAGUUGAUGUUUCUCAUGAAGUUGAUGUUUCUAAUGAUGAUCAUAAAGUUAAUUUGCAGAAGGGUGGCUCAAUUGAUGUUUCUAACAAGGAUCAUAAAACUAAUUUGAAGGGUGGCGACACAGUUGAUGUUUCUCAUAAAGUUGAUGUUUCUAAUGAUGAUCACAAAGUUAAUUUGCAGAAGGGUGGCUCAAUUGAUGUUUCUAACAAGGAUCAUAAAACUAAUUUGAAGGGUGGCAGCACAGUUGAUGUUUCUCAUGAAGUUGAUGUUUCUAAUGAUCAUCACAAAGUUAAUUUGCAGAAGGGUGGCUCAAUUGAUGUUUCUAAUGAGGAUCACAAAACUAAUAUGAAGAGUAAUGACACGGUUAAUGUUUCUAACGAGGAUCACAAAACUAAUUUGAAGAGUGGUGGCACAGUUGAUGUUUCUCAUGAAGUUGAUGUUUCUAAUGAUGAUCACAAAGUUAAUUUGCAGAAGGGUGGCUCAAUUGAUGUUUCUAACAAGGAUCAUAAAACUAAUUUGAAGGGUGGCAGCACAGUUGAUGUUUCUCAUGAAGUUGAUGUUUCUAAUGAUCAUCACAAAGUUAAUUUGCAGAAGGGUGGCUCAAUUGAUGUUUCUAAUGAGGAUCACAAAACUAAUAUGAAGAGUAAUGACACGGUUAAUGUUUCUAACGAGGAUCACAAAACUAAUUUGAAGAGUGGUGGCACAGUUGAUGUUUCUCAUGAAGUUGAUGUUUCUAAUGAUGAUCACAAAGUUAAUUUGCAGAAGGGUGGCUCAAUUGAUGUUUCUAACAAGGAUCAUAAAACUAAUUUGAAGGGUGGCAGCACAGUUGAUGUUUCUCAUGAAGUUGAUGUUUCUAAUGAUCAUCACAAAGUUAAUUUGCAGAAGGGUGGCUCAAUUGAUGUUUCUAAUGAGGAUCACAAAACUAAUAUGAAGAGUAAUGGCACGGUUAAUGUUUCUAACGAGGAUCACAAAACUAAUUUGAAGAGUGGUGGCACAGUUGAUGUUUCUCAUGAAGUUGAUGUUUCUAAUGAUGAUCAUAAAGUUAAUUUGCAGAAGGGUGGCUCAAUUGAUGUUUCUAACGAGGAUCACAAAACUAAUUUGAAGAGUGGUGAUACAGUUGAUGUUUCUCAUGAAGUUGAUGUUUCUAAUGAUAAUCACAAAGUUAAUUUGCAGAAGGGUGGCUCAAUUGAUGUUUCUAAUGACAAUCACAAAACUAAUUUGAAGAGUGGUGGCACAGUUGAUGUUUCUCAUGAAGUUGAUGUUUCUAAUAAUGAUCACAAAGUUAAUUUGCAGAAGGGCGGCACCAUUGAUGUUUCUAAUGAUGGUCACAAAACUAAUUUGAAGAGUGGUGGUACAGUUGAUGUUUCUCGUGAAGUUGGUGUUUCUAAUGAUGAUAACAAAAUUGAUUUGAACAAGGGUGUCACAAUUGAUGCUUCUAAUGCUCACAAAAUUAAUUUGAAGAGUGGUGGCACAAUUGAUGUUUCUGGUGAUGGAAUAACCAAUGGAAAGAUGAAAGGUGAUGGAAUAUUCGGUGGAAAGAUGGGAGGUAAUGGAAUAUUCGGCGGAAAGAUGGGAGGUGAUGGAACAAUCGGUGGAAAGAUGGGAGGUGAUGUAAAGAUGGGAGGUGGUGGAACAAUGGGCGGAAAGAUGGGAGGUGAUGUAAAGAUGGGAGGUGGUGGCACAUUUGAUUUUUCUGGCAAUGGAAUAAUGAGCGGAAAGCUGAGAGGUGGUGCCAGCAUUGGUCUAGGGAGCACAGGGAGAAUUGGUUAA